UCCUCCCUGCAUGUCUCUUUCUAUUUCUCUCUCUCUCACUCUCUUUCUUUCUCUGGCAGCACUCAACUUUUUUGGCAGGAGUGACCAGAAUAAAAACAGCAACACCAGACAUAGAAGAGAAAAAAGUGCAGUGAUCCAUCGAACCAAAGGCUUUGCCCUUUCCUAAUUACGUCGUGUCCAGUAUCAUUUUCUUUUUUUCCUCCCCUCUUCAUUUUUUUGAGACAUUUUUGAAGUGGUAAUUAGCUCCUGGAGAAUAAAACCAGCUGAUUCGGGGAGGGCCAGUGCAUUUUGGGGCGAGAUGGCUAACAGGAGGGUUGCGUUGCUCCUUCUCGGAUUCUUCCUCACCCUACAGCUGAGUCCUUCGCUGCAAGGAGGGGUGUAUGUACCACCGGGUUCAGCUGGAGUGGGACCAGGAGGCGCUGGAUUGCUACCAGGCGCGGGACUUUACCCAGGUGCUGGGACAUCCCCAUACAAACCAGCAAAACCAGCAGCAGGAGGAUAUGGAGGUGUUGUCGGGACUCAGACAGGAGCCUUAGGGGCUGGAGGUUACGGAGCUGGAGCUGGUGGAAAACCUCCUAAACCAGGUGGUUAUGGGGGCUAUGGUGCAUAUGGUGGUGCUGGAAGAUUUUACCCAGUGGCUGGAGGUCUGAAACCGGCUAAAUCAGGCACUGGGCUAGCUGGAGGAGGUCUUCCUGGAGGAGUUCUGCCUGGUGGAGGUCUGCCUGGAGGUGCCGGUGGAAAGCCUGCUAAAGGAGGGCCAGGUGUAGGAGGAACUGGUCCUGGUACCGGUCUCCCAGGCCUUGGCAUUCCUCAAACCGGUGUACAGGGACUGGGCCCUGGUGGGGUUGGACCUGGGGGCAAGGCAGCGAAGGCCGGAAAAGCUCCAGUGCCAGGAGUGGGAGUGCCUGGACUUGUUCCUGGACAAGGCUUCAAUGGGCGGGGUGUUCUUCCUGGUGUAGCCACAGGAACUGGACUCAAACCUAAAUCAGCUGCUGGUGGAGGGCAGGGUCUGGUACCAGGUGGUGGUGGCCGUGGAUAUGGACCACUGCAACAAGGAGUAUUUCACGGAUACCCUCUCAAAUCUCCCAAAGCCCCAGGUGCUGGGUUGCCCUACACUGGCGGUAAACUUCCUUACGGUUAUGGUGGUUUUGGUGGAGGCGCUGGACUACCUGGUGGGAAAGGAGGAGCUGGCUCCAAGCCAGGUUAUCCAACAGGCACUGGUGUGGGGACUUUGGGUGUUUCUGCUGCACAGGCCAAAGCUGCUAAAUAUGGUACUGGCGCUGGUUUAGGAGGGGCUGGAGCUUUUCCGGGUGGUGCUGGUGGACUUUACCCUGGUGCAGGAGCUGGUUUAGGUGGUGUUGGAGCAGGUGGUGCUGGUGGAGUUUACCCAGGGGCAGGAGCAGGUACGGGUGUUCUUACACCAGCUCAAGCUAAAGCAGCUAAAUAUGGUGCUGGUCCUGGUGUUACUGGAAUUGGUGGUGUACCAGGCGCAGGUGGACUCUUUCCUGGGGCAGGGGGUGCUGGUGCGCUCUCCCCUGCUCAGGCAAAAGCUGCUAAAUAUGGUGCAGGAGUACUUCCUGGUGGGGCUGGGAUUUUGCCAGGAACUGGUGGGGUCUAUCCUGCAACGGGAGGUCUUACUCCUGCUCAAGCCAAAGCAGCUAAAUACGGUUUGGGUGUUGUACCUGGUGUUGGAGGACUGUACCCUGGAGCUGGAGGUGCACCAGUUGGUGGAGUAGUGGGGGGAGCUGGGGGAAUUCCUGGAACAGCACCAGGGGCUGGAGUGUAUCCAGGUGGAGUGAAGCCCCCUAAAUAUGGAGGAGCGGGAGGGGCCGGCGUUGUCCCGGGCUACGGUUCUGUUGCUGGGAUCGGAGCAGUUCCUGGAGCUGUGCCUGGGGUUGGAGGGCUAGGAGCUGGUGCCAAACCUCCUAAAUAUGGAGUGCCUGGAGGAACAGGUUUGGGAGUCCCUGGAGGAGUACCAGGAGGAGUUCCAGGAGGAGUACCAGGAGGAGUACCAGGAGGAGUACCAAUAACUGGAGCAGGAGGAUACCCUGCUGGUGCCAAGGCACUUAAAUACGGUUUGGGUGCUGGUGGUGUUUUACCAGGAGGGACUGGUGUUGUGCCUGGACUCCAGAUACCAGGUUUGGGUGGAACUGGUGGAGUCCCAGGUGGAGUUGGAAUAGGAACUGGAUAUGGAGGAUAUGGGACUGGGGUAAAACCACCUAAAUACGGUGUUCCAGGUGGAGUGCCAGGUGCAGUUCCAGGAGGGGUACCAGGUGGACUACCUGGUGGAGUACCUGGAGGGUAUCCAGCAGGAGUUAAACCUCCAAAAUAUGGAGUUGCGGGAGGUGCAGGUACAGUACCUGGUGCAGCAGGAGCACCACUGCCUGGAACUGGGACAGGACUGGUACCAGGAGCUGGAGUUGGAGGAUAUCCUGGUGGAGUCAAACCUCCUAAAACUGGAGCUGGGAUCACUGGAACUGGUAUAGCAGCUCCUGGUGCAACACCUGGUGGUGACGUGGUGGUUGUACCGGGUGGCACGGGCAUUGGUGUCCCCGGUGGUACUGGUCUGCCCAUUGCACCAAGUGGAAAACCAGCAAAGCUUCCAACCCUUGCUCCUGCAGGAACUCCUGUACCAGGACCGACGGCUAUUGUAGCAACUGGCAAGGCCCCUGAGCCCAGUGGUGAGCAAAGAGUGCCUAGUGCUGGUGUCUCUAAACCUGGAGCUGGUCUCGGUGGGGUUUACCCAUAUGGAUAUGGUCAAUAUCCUGGUAGCACUGGUGUAUCUGGAAUCGGAACUGGUGUGUUACCUGGAGCCAAACCUCUGAAAGCCCCCGGUGUUGGAGGAGCAGGCGGUGUCGCAGGUGUAGGGGGAGUUGGAGGGGCAGGGGCUGUUCCUGGACUCGUACCUGGAGCAGGUGGAGGCUUUCCAGCAGGUGUCGGUGUGGGAGCUGGUGCUAAACCACCUAAACCAGGCUACGGCUCUUUGGGUACAGGAUACGCACAGCCAGGUGGUGUAGUUCCAGGAGGAUAUGGAGGAUAUCCACAGGCAUAUCCAGGGGGAUACGGAGCAGGACUGACACCGCAACAAGCCAAAGCAGCCAAAUACGGAGGUGGACUGACGGGAUUCCUGGGAGCAGGUUAUCGAGGUGCAGCCGGCUGCCAAGGAAAAUACUGCGGGAGGAGAAGAAAGUAAAGGAUCUCUUGAGAUGUGAAGUGACCUCAAGAAACAUGGUGCUACUGCAUGCUCUAGAAUGUACUUUUGAUACUCAAACAAACAAUCCCAACAUGCCCAAGUGUUACGUUUUGUACUGAUAGUAAAUAUCCGAAAGAAAUCCAAAUCCAGAUCCCCCAAACGUCUAGUGUUUUGUGAAAAUAAUUCCAAUCCUAAUGGCACAUUCCAUCACGUUACUGUUUCCUAGUGGAGGGUCGCAUAUAACCGGGUUGAUUAGCUGGCAAUGCUGUUGCGUAACUGUAAACGUUUUAACCACAGACCUCUUAUUUGUGGACGUUUCCGAGACCACCCGAAGCUCUUUUGCUCAGUCGCAGUCACGAUCUCGCACUCUAGACUCUCAAAGUAACGGCAUUUCUUCUUCAUUUAUCUUCUGGCACGUCGGCGGUGCAGGUUUAGAGUGAGCGAAAGCGUCCUGUCAAACUGCUGAUUAAACUCUGGGUUGAAAUACUUCACGUCUGGCUGUGCUUCAGCUCAGGGGUUUACCUGUUAUUUUUACCUUUCAGCAGCUUUCUGCGCAGAUGGGCCUUACGCUUACAGUCCUUUAUGGGUGACUCUCACAAACACACACGAAAAGAAAUUGUAUUUUGCAUAAAGAAAGUUAGGCCUGUUUUAGGAGCGCACAUUCUCUUACAGUUCGACACAUUUUCCUCCAAAAUUUGAAUGCGUUUUUUAAUCAUUUGUAAUUAUUAGUUAUUAAAUAUUUUAUUCUCAUUACUGUAAUACAACAUGUUGCAAAAAAGCGUUCCAUGAUGUAAAAAUAACUUUGUAGCGAAUUUAUUGUCAUUGAUAACAUUAUUUUAAUUUUCUUCAUGAACCGUGAUCAUGUUUUUGACAGGUUUUGUGAGAUUCACCCCCUCUAGAUGAUUUAGGCUUUCAUGAAGCAUCAGUGAGUGUCUUCGGUUUGAAUCUGAUCUCCGGAUUUGAGACGUUUGAUAAAUUGUGCUUUUGUAAAUGCAUAUUCCAGGCAUCGAAAUACAUGUUACGCUAAGAGAGCUUUGUGGAUGGCUGAACGUCGACUAACAGACCCCCGACAGCGACGGCUCGAUCGCAGCAUUCAUUCUCGCAUACCGUGUGAAGUAUGAAGAGCUUUGCUCUGAUUAUGCUAAGAACAAGCAGAAGUGAAUGACAGCUUAUGUCUCAUAUCAAUCAUCUGUUCUGGUAUCUGUCCGGUGAAGGGAACAAACUGAAAGUAACUCUGUAAAAUAGUAAUCAUAGUUCUGACUUGUACAUUAUGUAUGUUUAAACCUGGAAGAUUCAAAGAUGUGCUUAUGUUUUUCCCUGGACCCGGGGAAACAGGUGCUUCCAUCAUUUGACCAAGAAUGUGUUUCUUUAAUCGCUGUGUAUUCACAUAGAGUUAGUUUAUAUAUAUAUAUAUAUAUAUAUAUGUAUACAUAUAAAAUAUAUAUAUCAUACGCUUACAGUAGGUUGGAUCAUUUAACAACAGGUUACGUUGCCGUACGUUGUUUGUUUUGCACCAUUUGAACUUGACAUGUUGAGCAAUUAUCGAGUUUGUACACAUCAUAUGACAAUAACUUCUUUGCUUUAAAUAGCUUCUGCAUUGUAGUCACUGUGGAACUUGCAAAACUGUGUGUGAUAUUUUAAGAUGUGAGUGUCUGUCUAUGUGUGUGCGUGUGUGUGCGUGUCCGUGUAGGCGAUGUAUGUAAAUCCCCUCAAUGUGUGUGUGUGUGUGUGUGUCCGUCUGUCCCAAAAGCCUCACUAGCCAAUGUAUUAUCGAACAUAUAAUGUGUCAGUUUUUGCUAUACUUGGUUGAUACUGUUUUUCGAUCCAUCUGGAGAGACACUUUAUCAUGUAUUAAUGUACCUGGUGCUGUAUUUGACCUGCCUGUGAGCCCUACCAGGUCUUCUCUAUUGUGCCGUGGGAUUUCCAUCUUAUUUAAAUAAAGGGGCGGGGCUGUUGCACUUUUUCCACAACCUAUAUUCCGACUAGUUCCCGGAAAUCCCGGCAUUUUACCUGCUCUAGUGAAAAAUGAAAUAAAAUAUUUUAAAUAAA